GAGCAGUAGCGCCCGUACGUCAGUCUCCCCGAACGACACGUCGAGCCAACAUCACCCACAUCCCAUUACAAACACGAGUCACCCUCUCAGUGAAAACCCAAACAAUCCAUCCAACGCACAGCGAUGAAGUACCUCGUCGUUCUAAUGACCUGCCUCUUGGCCUGUGCUUACGCAGCGCCCAACCCCGAGGAGCCGGCACCCCACGCUGCCGAUGGCCAGAUGGUGCCCAGCCAACAGCAGAUCACCGACCUCUUCACCAACGCCCAGAGCGUCCUCGCCGAUCUCUGGAGCAACAUCAAGAACAACUACGUGGCCAACAACGACUACGUGAGCAACCUCGUCAAAAACCAGACCGCCGCGUUCUUCGGCAAUGUCCAGGAGUUCAUGACCCAGACGAGCAACAAGCUGAAGGAAAAGGCACCCGAGGUGGAGAAGCAGCUGAUGGAGAUCCAGAACAAGCUGAAGGUGAUGGUCGAGGGAGUGAACGCUAACGUGCCAAACGCCAAGGAAUCGGCCGAGCAGCUGCAGAAGCAGUUCCAGGAGGGCAUCCAGACGUUCAUCAAGGAGGCGGGCACUCUGUCGGACAAGGUCAAGGAGAACAGUGGCCAGGUCCGCGAGGAGAUAGCCAACUUCACCAAACAAGCCAUCACCAGCGCCGUCGAGGCCACAAAGGGCCUACAAGAGCAGCUCAAGAACUUGGCCAGCUCAACCACGGAGAAGAGCUCGUAGACGCGCACCACCUGUACCUCCCAUUUUUUUUCUUCUUCUUUUUCACAAAGUAAAUUUAUGCACGACUUACGAAGGUCAUCCAUGACGCAACUGAUGGUCGAAAAUAAUAAUAAUAAUACUUACACGCGUCCUUGUUUGGCGCUCACAUGAGUGUAGAAGAACCCAAAGACAACGGAAUAUCAUUCCAACCAAUAAUUAAUAACGAUAAUAAAAAAUGGUCGCAAGAUCUUGUUUUGAUACA